AUGGCAGCUGGCGCGAAGGUCGUCCUCGAGUCAGAUGAGCGCGGGGUGCGUUGUCCUGUGAUCGAUGAGCACUUUUUCUUGGCUUACAGAAAGGCUGAUGUGGAAGCUGAUGAAGUAGUGAAAGCCGUCAUCGUUCCUCUCACCAAGGAGAUGUGUUGCUCAAAGCGUGGUACUUGUGCGUGCUUUCAAAGGGAGCGUAAACUGGCCUCGAUUAAUACCGUUGAAGGAAUAUUCCUCUCAGAUACAUUCCCAGCAUCGCCCGAUUCAAAAGAGUAUCUCUCUCCGGGCGGGGGAAACGGCAGCAGCUUCCCACAAGCUUUCUGGGGGAACGUACCAGGCGUAAUCAGUGUCAAAGGAUUAGGGUUUUUGAGAAACCAAUUCUUCCGUGUGUACAAGCAAGCGCAGCGCCGCGAAGACGACAUCGCCAUCGUCACCGGAGCGUUUAAUGCCGUCGUCGAUCCGGACACGCUCAUCGUUGAAAAAAUUCGAAUUUCAUUCGGCGGAAUGGCUCCCACGACCAAGCUCGCCCUCAAAACCAUGGAGCAGUUGACUGGAAUUCAACGCUGCUUUGAUCUGGGUCUUGAUCUUAUCUCCAAGGAAUUUGCAUUACCUGCAGGAGUACCAGGUGGAAUGGCUCGAUAUCGACAAGCUCUCACACUCAGCUUCUUCCUGAAAUUCUUCCUUGAAGUCGCUGAGGCUUUGAAUGUCACAAACAUUGACGACAGGCACGAGCUUACAAGUAUUGGCCAGGACAUACCAGAAGGACUUAUUGCUACUCAACUAUACCAGCCUAUGGACGGUUGGUCGCUCUACAUCGACGCCGAUGACGUGCUCGAAGGCAUCAAACUUGGCCAUCACAGCGACACGCCGGUAUUCGCGAAGGACAAAGUCACAAACAUUGACGACAGGCACGAGCUUACAAGUAUUGGCCAGGACAUACCAGAAGGACUUAUUGCUACUCAACUAUACCAGGAAGUGCCAGCCGAUCAGCCGGCGCACGAUCCUGUUGGCCGAGCGAUUCCACAUGCAUCCGGUAUGAAGCAUGUCACUGGUGAAGCGGUCUACUGUGAUGACAUCCAAGUGGCUAACUGUCUUCACAUGGCCUUUGUGAUGUCGCCGAUUGCCUGUGGUACGCUUGAGUGUGUGGAUGUCUCAAAAGCGGUGGCUAUGGACGGGGUGGUCGGUUACAUCGAUGCCGAUGACGUGCUCGAAGGCAUCAAACUUGGCCAUCACAGCGACACGCCGAUAUUCGCGAAGGACAAAUUGACCUACCACGGCCAGCCCAUCGCGGCCAUCAUCGCCCGCGAUCAUGAAACUGCUCGACGUGCGGCUAACGCCGUUAAACUUGAAUAUAUCAGAGAGUCUCCUCUCAUUUCUAUCGAGGAUGCCGUCGAAGCGGACUCGUACCUCAUGCGUCCUCUUACCAUCCAUUCGUCAUUGCUGGAGAAUGAAACAGUGGUGCAGAAUGACUGGAGCAAUUAUGAUCACGUUAUCGAAGGAGAGGUCAAGAUAGAUUUCAGGAGCACUUCUACCUUGAAACUCAACAAUGUGUUGUCAUACCUCAUGAAGAUGACGAACUCGAAAUUAUCACCAGCUCACAAGGAAUUAAUGACGUUCAGAUGGAAACGGCAAAAUGUCUCGGAAUUCCUGCCCACAAGAUUGUUCGUGAAAGUAAAACGAAUCGGUGGUGGUUUUGGUGGCAAGGAGAACGCUUGUUCAUUACUGACCGUCCCUGCAGCGAUUGCAGCACGAAAGUUCCGAAAACCAGUACGACUAACUUUGGAACGAUAUGACGACAUGGCGAUGACUGGAACGAGGCAUCCGUUCAGGUUCAAUUACAAGGUAGCAUUGGAUUCUUCCGGAAAAUUCCGCGAUUAUUCAGUAACGGCGUAUGGUAACUGUGGCCAUACCCUGGACCUCUCGCUCGGUGUUGUACGUGAGUUUCCUACAACGAUUCGUUCUCAGCAGCCAUUUCUCAAAGCUAUUAUCUAA